GCAACAACAGCCGCGGGCUGCAGGAUGCUCAGACAGCUGUUACAUUAACAAACACACCCAACAUCGAUUCAUUGACGUUUUCAUAAAAAGAGCGUCAACAUGCGUGACGGGCAGGAGCGCGUGCACGACAGCUGAUCGAUCAGCUGUUUGGGAAAAUAUCGAUUAGGCUGUUUUGAAGACGUUUUAAAACAUGGACUCACUGCUAGACUUUGAGGAGUGUGUCAAAGACUCUCCUGAGUUCAGGAUGAAGCUGCAGCUGUUUGAGGCAGAUGUGUCCGAGCUGGAGACUCAACUGGAGAAGGUGAUGAAGCUGUGCAGUAAGAUGGUGGAGGCGGGACAAGCGUACAACGCAGCCAAUCAGCUGUUUCUCAAUGGCCUUGGGGAACUCUCCAUGAACCACAAGAAGGACAGCGUCAUCAGCAACUGUCUAAACCAGUUCAACCAGGGCCUGCAGGAGAUGGUCAGCUUCCACACUAUGUUAUUGGAUCAGACUCAGAGAGCGAUCAGCCAUCAGCUCAGCAGCCUCUGUACACAGUGAGUUCAACACACACUCAAUGUACACACAAGUUUCACCACAGCACACUUUUAUACUCUGAUGAUGAUGAUGAUGAUGAUGGUGAUGGUGAUGAUGGU